AUUAAUAUUUGGAAACUUAUGGUGAUUUUCUACUACUGAAUUAGUCUUCUUAGUCUUGUACCUUCUUCAUUUAUUAGCUUUGUUGUUUCCAUUCCUUCAUUCACUCAACUAGUAUAAUCUUGCAAUCUUGAGCUCUUGAAUACGCUACUAGUUAGCUUGUAACUAUUUUCUUUAUUGUUUUUAAGUUGUGGGCUUUGUUGAACUGUCGUGUAUUUAAUGGGUUUGAAUAUUUUUGUUAGAUUUUCAAGAAUUUGGGUUUUUGAUGUUAUAUAGAGUUUGUUUUAGUUAGGUGGGGAAGUGAGAGAAGACUGCUGGUUUUUGUUUGUUUAUUAAGAAGCCUGUUUCCUGAUAGGAUUUUGAAAUUGAAGUUGAUAUUAUUUUGAUUGAAUUUUUAUGAUGGCUAGUCUUGUUAGAAGAUUUGUUCCGGAAAAGGCUGUAGAUUUUGAUGUCGAUGAUGAGUACAAUGUGGAGUACUCUUUUGCCAUGGAGUACAAGGGCCCUGCUGUCAGUUACACUAUUCCUCGGGUGGAUCCUCUGAAUGUUGAUUGUAUACCUAUAGCAGCUAGAGUUUCCACACGUGGUGUGGGUGAAAAUUUGUCACUUCCAGUUGUUCGGCCUAUUGUUAAAGCUGAUUAUUUGAAACACAAUUUAUUGAAGGUAGAGUCACAAGGAGAUGCAUCAUUGGUUCCAGUUACCAAUUCUAAUGAACUUGAUGUUGCUCGUGUACUUGAUGGCUCCAAGAGUCACAGGACAGCAUUUAGGGUGGUCAAUGUGAUUGAUACAUCGGGCGAGUUGGAAUUUUCGGAGAGUGAUGAAUGCCUUCCCAGAAUAUCAAAAAAGUAUGAAAGUUCUGGUACAUUGGGGUUUUUUGACAGUCAUGACAAUUCAUGUGACUUGUCAGAGAGCUCAGAUAUGGAGUGUGUACAUGAAGAUUAUAAUGAGAAUGGUGCGUCUUCUACAGGCCAUGAAGUGGAAGUGGCUAAAUCCAGUGUGAAGAAAGGGUCCUGUCAUCGAUGCCUCGUUAAAAAGCGGUUCGUGGAGAAGGAAGCUUGCUUAGUCUGCAAUGCGAAGUAUUGCUCUAGCUGUGUCGUAAGAGCAAUGGGGUCAAUGCCGGAAGGAAGAAAAUGCAUUACUUGCAUUGGUCGUAGAAUUCAUGAAUCUAGGCGAGCUAGCCUUGGAAAAAGUUCUCGAAUGCUUAGGCAUUUGCUCACCGAUGACGGAGUUAAACAGAUCAUGAGCCAUGAGGUAUCAUGUGAAGUGAAUCAAGUACCACCCGAACUCGUCAUUGUGAAUGGAAAGCCUCUCUGCCGUGAAGAGCUGUCUCAAUUGCUAGGCUGUCCAAACCCACCACGAAAGCUAAAACCCAGAAAGUAUUGGUAUGACAAGCAAUCUGGACUUUGGGGCAUGGAAGGAGAGAAACCUUGCCAGAUUAUUACUCCUCAACUGGAUGUUGGCAAUCCCAUCAUGCGAAACGCGAGCAAUGGAAACACAAAGAUCUUGGUCAAUAAUCGGGAGAUAACCAAACGUGAACUCUGGGUGAUGCAGCGGGCAGGAAUUCAUUGUGAAGGACAACCACACUUUUGGUGUAGUGCUGAUGGUUCCUUCCAGGAAGAGGGGCAGAAAAAUGUGAUAAAGCGAAUAUGGUUUAAGCCAAAGAUCAAACUACUAUGUUCUGUCCUAUCACUGCCUACCCCUUUGGAAUCUGCAAGUCCUGGUCAAGAAGAAGUUCAUGGUGUUGCUAAUGGAGCUGUACCCAACAAACUCGCAAAGAAAACAUCUCAUAAAUUGCUUAUGGUUGGCUAUGAUAAAUCUGGUACUAGUACCAUAUUCAAACAGGCCAAAUUUCUAUACAAAGUUCCGUUCUCGAAAGAUGAGCGUCAGAAUUUAAAGCACAUGAUUCAGAGCAACUUAUACAGUUACAUAGGUAUCCUGCUCGAGCAACGGGAACAAUUUGAAUUAGAAACUACAAAUGAAAUGGGGAUGAGAUCUAUUAAUCAGCCAGGUCCCACAGAUACUCUGAAUUCUGACGGUAUUAUCAAUACAAACAUGUAUUCCAUCAGCCGGAGACUUAAAGCAUUCUCUGAUUGGCUACUCCAAGUCAUGAUGUCUGGAAAUUUGGCCGCGGUAUUCCCCGCUUCCACUCGUGAAUAUGCACCAUUAGUUGAGGAAUUGUGGAAGGAUAGAGCCUUCCAAGCUACAUUUGAUCGGAUAAAUGAGAUACAAAUGCUACCUAGAGUUGCAAACUACUUCUUAAAUCGGGCUGUUGAGAUCUCGCGGACAGACUACGAGCCUUCUGACAUGGACAUUUUAUAUGCCGAGGGGAUUGCUUCUUCCAACAGUAUAGCUAGUGUGGAUUUUUCAUUCCCAAAGUCAGUAAAUGAUAGCUUCAUGGGCGCUUCAGAUCAAGAUGAUCCCUUGCAAAGAUACCAACUUGUAAGAGUUCAUUCAAGCAGCCUUGGAGAAAAUUGCAAGUGGUUGGAAAUGUUUGAAAGUAUGGAUCUCAUCAUAUACUGUGUUUCCUUGACGGAUUAUGACGAAUACAUUUACGAUAUCAAUGGAGUUCCGACAAACAAAAUGCUGGAAAGCAAGAAGCUGUUCGAAAGUAUAGUGACACAUCCAGUCUGUUCUCAAAAGGACUUUCUUUUGAUACUCAACAAAUUUGACUUGCUGGAAGAGAAGAUUGAACAGGUACCUCUCACUAAGUGUGAGUGGUUUCACGACUUCAAUCCGGUGCCCGGCAGCAGCAACAACAGCAGUACCAGGAAUCCCAUAGCACCACUGGCUCAGCGUGCAUUCCAUUAUAUUGCAGCAAAAUUUAAAAGAGAGUUCAAGGCGAUGACCGGAAAUAAGUUGUAUGUUUCUCGGGUUACAGGACUCGAAUCAGAUAGCGUUGAUGAAGCACUUAAAUAUGGAACUGAAGUUUUGAAGUGGAAUUAUGAGAAGCCAAGCUUGAAUAUGAAUGAAUGGUCAUCUGACAGUAUAGAGGCUAGCACUUUCUCAUGAUGUUCUUACAGAUUUGACAUUGGAUUUUGUAGGUACAUACAUUUCCCUUUUUUUUUUUUUAACCGUGUACAUGUAUCACUGUAACUUUAGAUAAACAUUUUGCACAUUGAAACCAAAUUCAGGGAAAGUUAUAUUUCAGCACUGUAAAUGAAUGAAAAAUACUAAUAUUAUUAUUCCCUUUUAGGAUUACAAUUUAAUCCCUGCCAUUUUUCA